GAAAACAAAGAAUUAUACAAGAAAGUUUUCUGAAAUUUAAAAGUUGUGUCUGUUAACAUGCCUUUUGAGUUCCCAGCACAGGGAGUGGAAAAAGGCCUACAUUCAUUUUAUUAUUAACUAUUGUGAAAAUACCAUGGAUUAAAAGACCAUAAUAAAAACAAUAGCAAAUGCUUAUAUAAUACUCUUUGCCAGGCACUGUUUAACUUCUGUAAGCUUCCAACAACCCCAUUUUGCAAAUGAGGAAGCUGAGGUGCAAGGAGAUUGAGAAAUUUGGUCAAAGUUGCACUGGCAGUCUAUUAAGUAAACAGCUUGCUUCUAAAGUCCUUGCUUCCAAUCAUGGUGAGCUCCUAAAGCUUCCGGGAGAGGAGAUCACAAAGGUCUGGUAUCAGACUUCUCAGCAGUGAACCGGAAGCUAAAAGACAAUGAGAAAGUGCUUCCAAAACUCUGAGGGUAAGUGAUUUUCUCUGUAAUUCUAUAGCCACGUUUUUUUUUUCAAACAAAUAGCCUAAAGAUAUUUUUAAGACAUGCAAGGUAUUGAAGUGUUUUCAUCACAUUCACUGUUUCUCAAGAAACUCCUGGAAGAUGUGCUCCAGCAAAACAAGGGAGCAAACGGAGAAAGAGGAAAAACACGGGGUCCAGGAAAUAAAACCCAGCACAGGUGAAAGGUGAAGGGAGCUCUCCAGGUUCUCGGUCAAGACUCAAGAAUUCAGGGGCGGAAGCCAAGGAACGCCCGCUUGAAGUCCUCUCAGGUUGGUCCAAUCCGGGUAAGGGGAGGGACUUAGCGAACUCCACAUAAAUAAUUGGUCUUUCCUUUGGCUCCGCCCUUGUGAAGCAAUCACAAACGCCUGUGAUUGGUCAGGGGCUGUGGAGGCGGGGGCUCCGAGCUUGACUCCCGGUUCUCCCGGACCGUCCCGGCUGCAGCUCGGUGGGCGGCAUGUCCGCGAGUGAAGAGACUCGUGGAGGUGCCAGAGGAGAGAGCACUACUGCUCCCGGCUCCUUCAGCUUCAGCUCGGAACCAACGCUCGAGGACAUCCGCCGUCUCCAUGCUGAGUUCGCUGCUGAACGAGACUGGGAGCAAUUCCAUCAGCCUCGGAACCUCCUCCUGGCCUUGGUGGGGGAAGUGGGGGAGCUGGCAGAGCUCUUUCAGUGGAAGCCCGAUGAAGAGCCUGGGCCCCAAGCCUGGUCCCCCAGGGAACGAGCAGCCCUUCAAGAGGAGCUCAGUGAUGUCCUCAUCUACCUGGUAGCAUUGGCAGCCCGCUGCCGUGUAGACCUGCCCCAAGCAGUACUCUCCAAGAUGGAUAUCAACCGGCAACGCUAUCCAGCGCAUCUAUCUCGUGGCUCUGCCUGCAAGUAUACAGACUUGCCCCACGGGGCCACCUCUGAAAACCAGGCCAUGGGGCCUACAGACCCUGCCUCUGAGUCCACAGGUCAGGUCUCAACCUAGAAACAUGGGCACAGAACCUGCAGCUCAGCAUGGCCUCUGAGGAGCAGAGGGUGCCUGGCCAAGUUACCUCAUUCUAGUUCUUUCCUAAGAGAUCACGGACCUGGGGGCUAUACUUCUUGAGGUCUAAGGCCCCAGAACCUCCAGAAGAUAGUCUCCUGUUUUUUUCUCCCUCAAUAAAACUUUCGGUUACCA